AUGCAUUUCAAUUAAAUAUGUCAUCUUCAUAAUCAAGUGAUUUAAUUUAUUUGUUUAGAUGAAAGGUGUCCAGCUGAAAUUUGUUAAAAAUGCUUUGAAUCUGAUAAAUAUCAUGAAUCAAAGGAGAAAAAUUAGAUUAUACCUAAAAAAAAGUUCAUAGAUAUCUUAAAUUAAUUAAUUUAAAAAAAAGAGAAAAAUGAUGAUAUGACCAUUCAAAAUCUUGAAAAAACUUUUAAUAAUUUUUAGGAAUUUUAUUUGGAAGUAAAAUAGUCUGUUUAAGCAAAAAAUGAUGAAUUUUUAAAAAUUAAAUAAUAUAUCGAGAGACUUGAGCAUUUUAACAGUCCAAAAUUUUUGUAAAACAUUAAACAAAGAUUUGCAUAUAAAUUUCUUACACCACUAAAAGAAUUAUAAUAAGAUAAACAAUUGAAAUAAUACAUUGAAUGUAUAGAUAAUUCUAUUAAAUAAACAAGAGAAUUUUGGUUAAAAACAUAAUAGGAAAAAUUAUCAUAACUUAUAGAUACCCAACCGAUUCUUAUUAAAGAAAAGCAAGAUAAAUAAAUUAGCAUUAUAGACUCAAAUGAAAAUUUAAAUUUACAUUAAAAACUUUCUUUAAAAAAAAAUAAGGAAUUAGAAAAAAAUAUCUAAAUUACAUUAAAACAAUAACUUGCUUUUGGAUAAGAUGAUUAACAAUUUAUUUAAGAUAAUAAUGUUAUUUCCAUAGAACAUCCAAAUUAUUAGAUUAUUCAAUAAAAAAAUGCCUAUUCUUUUAAUUAAUAAGAUCAACAACCAAUUAAUUCUUAAUAUUAAAAUGAUCCUGAAGCUUUAGCUGAAAAAAAUAAAAUUAAUUUCUAAGUCAAUCAAAAGGAUUUUUAAAUUCAAGAAUCAUAAUAAUCAAAUGAUUUCGAAAUAAUGAAAAAAUCUAACUUUAAAUUGGAAAUUGAACAAAAAUAAAAGAUUUUCAAAAAAUCUUUUGAACUUAAAGCAGGAAAUAAUUCAAUCUUAAAAAUUGAAGUUAUAAAUGCCAAUAAAUUAAUUUAUUUAGAUGAACGUAAUAAUAUUAAUUUAAUAACUAACUAUAAAUCUCAGAAAAAUUUGAAAAAAGUAGAAAAAUAAUUUUAAUAAAAAAUUAUUGAUUUUAGAAUUACAAAAAAUGAUUAAAUUUUAGUUCAAACAAAUUAAAAUUUAAUUCUUUUUGAUAAUGAGCUCAAAAAUUUAUGCUAAAUUGAUGAGAUAAUUGAAAAGAAUCACUUAGACACAUUUAGUUAUUCUAAAAUUUAAGAUAAAGGAAUAAAUAUCAUAUAUUAUUUAAAGAAUACAAAAAAAAUAUUUGCAAGUUUGAUAAGUUUUAAUUAAAUCAUAACAUAAUGGGAAUAAGAUUUAAAAUAAAUAAUUGAUUUUCCAGUAAUAUAAUUGAAGAAGAUUGAAAACAAUCUAUUCAUCGGAUUUUAAAAUGGAACUAUUUCUAUAUAUGAUCCUCAAACAUAAAAUCAAAGAGGGUAAUUAAGAUUUGAUGCUGAUUCAUCUAAAAUUUUUUAAGAAAUUUAAUUUAAUGAAAAUUUUAUUUUAGGAUGUCAAGAAAACUAAUUAUAUUUACUAAGCUAUAAUAACUAAACAAAACUACUGUUAUCUACAAAUUAAAAAAUUAUUUCAAUUGCAUCCUAAUUUAAUAAGAUAGAUGAAUAUGAGAUUCAUUUAUUAUAAGAAAAUUAGCGAGUCCAUGUCCAGCUCCUGGUUAACCAAAAAAUAAAAUCAUAAGAGAGAAAAAUAAAUGGAAUAACUUGCAUUUGCUUUUUUAAAAAUAAAAAAAAUAUUUUUUAUUAUGGGAAUUAAAAUGGAUAUAUUUACUCCUAUCAAAUAGGAUUUGAAUGA